CUCUCCUGUCUUGAUGCCGUUUUAUUCUGAGGGAUGUCGCUCUCCGACGCCCGGGAUUGAAAUUGUAGGCGUAAGCAGCGGGUUCCUUUCACCGCCCAAGCACCGAUCAAUCGAAACCUCUCAAACAAUUCAAAUAAAACCCGAACUGAUGAUCCAGUUAUCCCUUUUGGGUUCCUCCGAGUCGAUCCCAGAAAUUGAAACUUCGGGACGAGAAGAAGACAAUAGCUGUACAGCUUCAACACAGAGGGAGAGAGGAACCAGAGAGAACAGACAGGCUUCGAUUUUAGGAGAUGCCAUUGCCAAAUUUUCUUGUUAACUCGGCUGCAGGAUCUUGUGGGUGACUCGGAUUUUUAUUUUUCAUGUAAUUAUCUGGACACAAAGAGGAGAAAACGUUUCUUGUAUGGUACUUUGAUAUUGUUUAUAGCUAUUAGAUUCCUAUUGUUCUUCAAUUCUCUAAGGACACAAGCGAACCGUUUAACGACUUUGGGUUUGGUUGUGAAGAUUGGGGAAUUAUAGGUGACCCAUUGAAAUGAUCGUACCAUCUAAAACAAUUUCAAUCCAAUACUUUUGCAAUUCGGAUUGUUAUGGGGUUAUGUGGUUGGCCUGAAAAUGGAAAUCUGAGGCUGAAGUUUUGGGCAAUUGAUUUAUGAAGGGUUUGAAUAUGAACAUUUAUGAAUAAAACGAGGUUAUGAUGCGUUUUUGACACCAUGAGCGCCUUCAGAUUUGUUUGCAAAUUCAAGGGGCAGAAAAGAACCGAGCACUCAACAUGUCAGACAAUGUUCUUAUGCGUUAAGUAGACUGGGGAUUUAAUCCAAAACCAUGAAAACUGAUGCACCUGGCCCUUCAGGGCAGAGGAUACAGCAAGAAUCAGCUUCCGUUGUUUUGGGAGAUGGAUUCCAUCCAGGAAAGCGUGCACAUAAUGUCUCUGUGCAGACUGGUGAGGAAUUUUCUCUAGAGUUCCUUCAGGAUCGUGCUGCAUCAAGAAGGGUACCCAUGAUACCUGACAUAGAUCAGGGCCACUCAAGAAGAGGUGGGUUUAAUUGUAAUCAGAACAAUCAGAUGAGGUAUGAAGACCUCACUGGCAUUCUUGGCUUCAGGAGAAUGGAUUCUGAAUGUGGUGUUGAUGUCUCACAUUUUGCCAUGGGAAAAGACCAAGCUGCAGAGAUUGAUAAAAUUGAGAACAGUGGUAAUUUUGAUAAAGCUAGAAGAUACCAUAUGGAGGCCAGUGCCAGUGUUAAAGGGUUAAGGUUAUAUUCUGAUGAAAUGGAUCGUGAACGAGCUGCUCAGCUACCAUCCAUUCGACCAAUUUCUAUUUCCAAGUCUUCUCAUUUUUACCAGCCUAAUUUGUUAGGAGUUUCAGAUGGUUCUAAGCCUGGCAAGAUGAAGUUCCUCUGCAGCUUUGGCGGAAGAAUCUUGCCCAGGCCAAGUGAUGGAAAGCUUAGAUAUGUUGGUGGAGAGACAAGAAUUAUCACCAUCAGGAAAAAUCUUUCUUGGGAGGAGCUUGUGAAGAAGACAUCGGCCAUUUGCAAUCAACCUCAUAUGAUCAAGUAUCAGCUCCCUGGGGAGGACCUUGAUUCCCUUAUAUCUGUGUCGUCAGAUGAGGAUCUUCUGAAUAUGAUAGAGGAAUACUAUGGAUUUGAAGGAGUUGAGGGUUCUCAAAGAUUACGGAUAUUCCUUAUUUCUUCAAGUGAAUCUGAGGGCCAAUGCUCUUGUGAAGCAAUGACCUCACAGCAGAGCAAUUCUGAAUAUCAGUAUGUUGUUGCUGUUAAUGGCAUACUGGACCGCAGUCCCCUCAAAAGCUCUAGUGGACAGACUUUAGUGAACCAAUUGGGGCAUAGCUUGGAUACAAAUCCAAGUUUUCACCGAGAUUCUCCUUCUUUUCAUCCUUUGGAGAUCAAGGAUGGCAUCAAUUCCUCAAAUCUGGUUGGGGUGUUCUCUCAUCCUUCUGCUCCAUUUUUUAUGGCCCAUAACCAUGACAUAGAUUCUAAGAACUAUCAAAUGCAAUUGCCCGAGGAUCAGUUCUGUCUUAGUAGUAAUGAAAACAGCAGUCCCUUUUUCACUGACCAAUCUCCACUUGACAAUUGUUGCAUUGACACCACUGGCUACUAUCAUCCUCUGCAAGGUCCUAUUCAAUUAAUGAAUCAUCAUCAUCCUAAUAAGCAUGUGAUGGAUGUUGACCAGACACAGAAACCCCGUGGAGUGCAUUUCCACAACCGCAGACCCAGCAGAGAUUUUUCUCUGGCAUUUGUUCGAAAUGUCAGUGACAUGGAAGGGCACUCACGUGAAAGGCCCAUGCUCAAGGAAAAGGCAUUUCAUUCUGAAAAGUUCCUCUCACAUCUCGAAGACAAGAUAAAUACGUUGUCAGGAUCUAACGAUUCAAUAGGUUCUCAUCAUGGGUUGCCACAUGCACGCUCUGAUUCACAGCUGCAGGAACAUGGUGGGAGGUCUGCUCACGGUUUGCAAGAAGGAGCCACCUCAUCAUCCCCCUCGGCAGUUGCACACUCAUCCUCAUGGCUAAAUUCAAGUGCCUUGCAUGAAAGACCAGAGCAAUUCCAAGAGAAUGCUGAUUUUCCUAAUCCUAAGUUCCCAAGUAUGUUGCGAGAUACACAAUCUAUUGUCCACCAGAGGAGACUUGAUUUGUCAAAUUCUUCUCAUUACCCAGAAUUCUCAGGCAGAAUUGAAUCUCACCUGGAGGAUGAUUCAGUUGGUUCUCAUCAUGGGUUGCCACAUGCACGCUCUGAUUCACAGCUGCAGGAACAUGGUGGCAGGUCUCCUCUCUGUUUGCAAGAAGGAGCUACCUCCUCAUCUCCCUUUGCAGUCACACACUCAUCCUCAUGGCUAAAUUCAAGUGCUUUGCAUGAAAGACCAGAGCAAUCCCAAGAGAAUGCUGAUUUUCUUAAUUCUAAGUUGCCAAGUACAUUGCGAGAUACACAAUCUAUUGCCCACCAGAGGAGACUUGAUUUGUCAAAUUCUUCUCAUUACCCAGAAUUCUCAGGCAGAAUUGAAUCUCACCUGGAGGACCAUGAUUUUGAUGGGAAAUGUCAAAUGACUAAAGGUCUAAAUGAUCCCAAUUUCAUGUUAAGAGAAUGUUAUGAAGAAAAUCCUAGAUUUCCAUGUGAGAUGUUCACCCUGACAAAUGAGAAAGAUUCUCAUCUUCCUCAGGAUGCAAAACAGUAUGAAAGUAAUAUAAACACUAUACCACAUGCUACCGACAUGGAACAUAGGGAUAAACUGCAAAACAUUGAUCAACACCAAGGUCCUCCUGCAUCAUUCUUUAUUUCUUCAGAACCUUGUUCAGAUAUUAAGGGAGAGCACCAUAAAGUCUACCAACCAGAUAGAUCUACAUCUGAUUUCCUUGUCAACAACCAUAUAGUUUCCAAGGAUCAACAUUGUACUAUGACUAAAGUGGUGAAUGAUGGUAUUGAGGAUGUAAAAAGUGUCCUACCUUGCACUUCUUCCAUUCCAUGGUCCAGGGCUGCUGAAGUUGCAGAUUUUGAAAAAUCUAUUCAUCAUAAUGCCAAACAACAUUCCAAUGAUGAUGUUUCUCUAACUGAUUUACUUAGUAGUUCAUCCAAUUGCCCAGUUUCAUAUGCAUCACCUGAGCUAAUACCUGUUUCAUCUCAGAGGGGAAUGGGUGACCAACCAGAAAUGGUAACAACUUCUGUUUUAACUCCAAUUGCAGUAGCAGAUGCCACUGAUCAGAUCUUAAACUCGCAAACAACUGAACCCCAAAAUAGUUGGUCUUUAUUUCACAAUCCAGCAACAGAUGGGGUUUUCAGAAGAGAAUUGUCUCUCCCUGAUGAGGAUCCUGUGAAUUAUAUUGAGUAUAAGGUUGAAAAGCUGGGCCCUGUUGGACACUCUUAUAAAGUGUCAAAGGUUGAAGAUGCUAGCCUUUUCCAGUCAGAGCCCCUAGAUAAUCUUCAUGAGAAGAUUCAGCUGGAACCAGUGGUUAUUGUUGAAGAUGUGACUGUUAAUAUGCCUCCUGCCAUUCAAUCUCAUUCCAUGGUAGUCCCAAUUGUAAAUGAGGGUUUUGAGGAUAACCCAUCCUCCAGAGCAACGGAUGCAGACAGCAUGAGUCCAGACUCUGAGUACAAUGAUUCGAAAAGUGAUGAUAGAGAUAUGGAUGCAUCGAUCAGUGAUGCUGCAAUGGCUGAAAUAGAAGCAGGCAUCUAUGGUUUGCAGAUCAUUAAAAAUGCUGAUCUUGAAGAACUGCGUGAGUUAGGAUCUGGCACAUUUGGAACUGUUUAUCAUGGGAAAUGGCGGGGGACGGAUGUUGCUAUUAAGAGAAUUAAGAAAAGCUGUUUCGCAGGGAGGUUAUCGGAGCAAGAGCAGUUGACCAAGGACUUUUGGAGAGAGGCAAAGAUCCUAUCAAAUCUUCAUCAUCCGAAUGUGGUAGCAUUUUAUGGGGUGGUGCCUGAUGGGGCUGAGGGAACAUUGGCAACCGUAACUGAAUUCAUGGUUAAUGGAUCACUUAGGCAUGUUCUGCUAAAGAAGGACAAGGCACUUGAUCGUCGUAAAAGGCUUAUAAUUGCAAUGGAUGCAGCUUUUGGCAUGGAAUACUUGCACUCAAAAAAUAUUGUUCAUUUUGAUCUGAAAUGUGAAAAUUUGCUUGUCAAUAUGAGGGAUUCCCAACGACCUGUAUGCAAGGUUGGGGAUUUUGGAUUGUCGAGAAUUAAGCGCAAUACUUUGGUCUCAGGGGGUGUUCGAGGGACCCUUCCAUGGAUGGCACCAGAACUAUUGAAUGGUAGCAGCAGUCGGGUUUCUGAGAAGGUUGAUGUUUUCUCAUUUGGUAUUGCUAUGUGGGAGAUUCUAACUGGUGAGGAGCCCUAUGCUAAUAUGCAUUGUGGUGCAAUUAUAGGGGGGAUUGUCAACAAUACUCUGAGACCACCUAUUCCGGAACGUUGUGAUCCUGAGUGGAGAAAGCUAAUGGAACAUUGCUGGUCACCUGAUCCUGCAGACAGACCAUCAUUCACUGAGAUAACAAAUAGGCUGCGAGUUAUGUCAAUGGCACUUCAGACCAAGGGACAGAAUCAGCAUAACAGAUGAUGACCAACUUUUCCAUGUAAUUAGACAAAAUAUACGUGCAACUGUAUCAUUGCUCAAUGGUAGAGAUGGUUGAAUAGAUUCAGUGCAAUCCCUUGCUGUGGGAAAACUAACUUCUGAGGAGAAUGAGAGCAUGAAUAAAAUGUAUAAUAUUGUUUCAAACGUUUGGUAACAAAUCAAUUUGAUUUAUUCAUUUUCCCCUUUAGAAAUAGAUCAAA